UCCAUCCAAUCCACCUCCGCGAUCCACACAACCAAUCGACCCGAACGGAACCGCAAAGAUGCCCAAACGAUCGAUUGACGAGUCGGGGCUGCCAAAUGGUGAGAAUAAACGGAAGAAGAGUAAGAGCAAGUCGGUUCCAAUUGCUGAGGGUGCAAAUGGUGCGGUAGAGGAGGGAAAAGAGAGUAAAGCUGAGAGAAAGGAGCGAAAACGGCAGAAGAAGUUGAAGAAGGCUGCUGCGGAAGCUGAAGCUGCUGGGGAGGAAGAGGAGAAGGGAGAGGAGCCAAAGGAGGAAGAGAAGGAAUUGACUGAGGAGGUUGGGGAGGAUGUAGAUGAGAAGAAAGUCGCGAAAGCUGCGAAGAAGGCCGAGAAAGCUAGACUGAAGGCUCUGAAGAAAGCAAACAAGGAGACGAAUGGGGAGACGAAUGGAGAAUCCGAACCUGCGCAGGUUGAUAUCGCGAAAAUCGGGGUCUCGACAAGUAACGAGCUUUAUACUGAGAGUCCUGAUCUCACGGCCCUCCCACAAGCUGAUAUCGACAAGUUCCUGAAGGAUAACUAUAUCUCGAUCAAGGAUCCGUUGGCGGAAACGAUGUCCCUACGCCCGAUCGUCAAGUUCGAAUACCUACCUAUUACCGAUCCCAAGCAAUUGCAGCCGUUCAAGGCUUUCAAAGCUCCGACUGCUAUCCAGGCUGCGGUUUGGCCAUAUCUUUCGGCGGGGAGAGAUGUGAUUGGUGUUGCGGAGACGGGAUCAGGGAAGACGAUGGCGUUUGCGGUUCCUUGUGUGAGACAUAUUUUGUCGCUGGCUGGGGGCAAGAAUAGAGGUGCGCGCGCGGUGAUUGUUGCGCCGACGAGAGAAUUGGCCAUGCAGAGUUAUGAGCAGAUUAUGAUUUUGGCCAAAGUCUCCGGACUACAGGCUGUUUGUGUGUAUGGUGGUGUACCCAAAGAUGAGCAGAGGAGAAUGCUGAAGACGGCGGAUAUUGUUGUUGCUACGCCGGGACGCUUGAACGAUUUGAUCAAUGAGGGGUGUGCGAACCUGGGGAAUGCGAAAUAUGUUGUACUUGACGAGGCUGAUCGGAUGCUCGAUAAAGGGUUUGAGGAGGAGAUUCGAAAGAUCAUCAAUACGACUUCCAAGGAACGACAAACCCUCAUGUUCACAGCUACAUGGCCUGAAUCUGUCCGAGCCCUCGCCUCAACAUUUAUGAAAACCCCUCUCAAAGUCACAAUUGGAGAUAACCCCACUGGCGAUCUCCGAGCAAACACCAGAAUCGUGCAAAAAGUCGAAGUCGUCGACCCAAGGAACAAGGAAUUCCGCGUCCUCCAACUGCUCAAAGAGCACCAAAGCGGCGCGAAGAAAGACGACCGCAUCCUCGUCUUCGCACUCUACAAAAAAGAAGCCACCCGCAUCGAGCAAUUCAUCCGCUCCAAGGGGUUCCGCGUUGCAGGUAUCCACGGGGAUUUAUCUCAGGAGCAGCGUACCCGGAGCUUGGAGGCGUUCAAGAGCGGUAACACACCGAUUCUGGUCGCUACUGAUGUUGCGGCCAGAGGACUGGAUAUCCCCGCUGUGAAGCUGGUCAUUAAUUGUACGUUCCCGCUUACGGUGGAGGAUUAUGUGCAUAGAAUUGGACGGACGGGACGGGCUGGGAAGGAUGGGUUGGCUAUUACGCUGUUUACGGAGCAUGAUAAGGCGCAGAGUGGAUCGUGAGUUCUCUCUCUUUUUUCAAUCUGAGUGAGCUAUUUGGGUUUUUGCUAAUGAUUUUCUAGUUUGAUCAAUGUUUUGAAGGCAGCGAAUCAGCCUGUUCCUGAUGAGUUACUCAAGUUCGGUACGACGGUCAAGAAGAAGGAGCAUAGCGCGUACGGAGCAUUCUACAAAGACACCGAAGGUGCGGAUAAGAAGGCUACGAAGAUUACUUUUGAUUAGAGGAGACUUAGAUAUACCCCAUCUGACUAUUCUCGUUUUGUACUUCCCCUCAUGGUUCGGUAGAGUUGUAAGAGGUAGACUCGUUCGGAUAUUGCUCUGUGGGUUGGGGUUUGUUAGUUAGCUGUUUUCGUGUAGAAAAGAGUAAAAGAAGAGAAAGGAAUAGAG